GUGCGUUGACAUUGACUGACAUAUGUACGUAUUUAUUGUAUAGGCUAUAUUAAUUAUAGCUGUGGUUGUUUUAGUGGACGAAUAGAAAAUAUUUUUAUGCUUUUUGACUUUCCAAAAAUGAGUUUCGAUACUUCGAACAAUUCCAGUAACAAAGAAGAGAGAAAAUAUUACCAUGAUCGCAAUAAACCGGAUGACUUGCAAAUAUCAAGGACGGACAUGAAUAUGUUAAUAAUGAAUUAUUUAGUUACAGAGGGCUUCAAAGAAGCAGCCCUAAAGUUUCAGCAAGAGGCAGGCUUACAAGAACCUGCACUGUGUAGUUCCCUUGACGAGCGCAUAAUGAUUCGUGAGGCUGUGCAGAGUGGCCGUAUACCUGAUGCUAUUGCAAUGGUUAAUGCUCUCCAUCCAGAGUUGUUGGAUACAGAUCGAUACUUGUAUUUCCACUUACAGCAACUUCAACUUUUAGAACUUAUCCGAGCAGGAAGAGCUGAGGAAGCGUUGGCCUUUGCAAGUGCAACCCUGGCUGAAGCCGGCGCAAAUGAUAACAAUGCACUAACAGAACUAGAAAGGUCACUGGCACUCCUCGCAUUUCCUGAUCCUCAUGCAUCACCUUUUGCCGAUUUACUGCUACCUUCACACAGUCAGAAGAUUGCAAGUGAACUUAAUGCGGCAAUACUGAAAAUGGAGAAUCAGGAAUAUACCAACCCUAAGCUCUGCAGCCUUCUAAGAAUGAUACUUUGGUCCCAGAGUGAACUUGACAAGCACAACAUCAAAUACCCGAAAAUGACUGACCUAGCAAAUGCUACUAUAGAACAACCAAAAUAAUUUAUAUUGUAGAGAUUAAUGGAUAGAUGUGAUACCUCAUGUUCAGGACCUGUAUCCUUAUAGCAAAAGCUCGAAAAUAUUCCUGUAACAAUAUUGAUGAUUUUGCUAUAAGAAUAUCCUGUUUAGUUUCGAAAACUAGUAAUUUAUUAUAAACAAUUGUAACAUUAAAGAGAUUGUCGAGACAAAACUAUGAAUAAUUCAAUCUUAGAUCACUAUGAGACUUACUUAGCCUAGUCUAGAUUUACUCAGUUAUCUUUUACAUUAUCAACCAAUAUAAUUAAAAGUUGAAAUAAAUUACAUAGUCUAAGUAACUAAAUUCUAUAUUAUGUGACUCAGCCAAACAGAUUUCCUUGGUUGAAAGGCGCAAAUGUGAAAAAACAACUAUUAAAAGUGAUGUUGUUGGGUUCACUAUUGUUUACAUUAUUUAAUAUGGUUGCUUCA